AUGGUGUCUCUCAGUAAGCUGUUCGCUCAAGUGGCUCAGGGCCGAACCUGUCGCGACCUUUGGCAUCCCCAGUUCUAUAGCUGUGCUGGGUACAAUGUGCACCUCUGGCGAACGAUCAUGCCGGGUAGUUUCAAACUAUACCUUCCGUUUCUGAUACUCCCACCAUUGGUGAAACUGAACGAGUUGACGCCGAGGUACCUGCUCGAGCACUCACUUCAGUAUGUUUACAUCUCGAUCUGCACGUACGUGCAGGCAUCCCUAUCGCUAUCAUCGCAAUGCGGCCUAUACAAAUUACAGAACCGCCUGAGCUAUUGGUGCAUCAUGUUUUGGCCCUGUCUUCUAGGAGUAGCAAUGGGACCUCCGUUGCCAAUUACACUGCUCCGGCUGCAGGCAAUCACUUUUUUUAACAUGGGUAUGGAAGCUGCCUUACGCAAAAGCACUUGUCCGCUGCUCCAAAGAUUGAGGCGAUCCAAGGUGUCCGCCACAGUCAGCUUCAUGUUGUUUAGCGGCAUCAUCAUUACCUGUGCCAGCAUGAGCGUGGUGAAACAGUUGUGGUUCAUCAUUCCUGCCGACGAGAAAGGCACCACGGACUGGCGCACCUGUGCGCAUUCUAAACCCUGCAGGCACCAUCUGUUGGACGGAAUACUGAAGUACGGGCUGAUUGGCUUGAUUCUGGAGGCAGGUCGGACCGUCUUGCGCAACUCCUCACUAUUGCUCAAAGGCCAUCAUAUGUCUCAAAUUAGUCGUGCGAUACUUGCAUCCUGGAAUCUUCGGCUUGGCAUGUUUCUUGCUUCUUAUAUCGGCCUCUACCGGAGUAUUAGCUGUGCCCUGAGACGCAAGUACAUCAUUGGAAGCCACACGAGUCACGUAGCCGUUGCUGGGUUUCUUGCCGGUUUAUCCUACUACCUGUAUCCAACAUAUCAGAUCUACACCCUUGCAUUGACCAAAGCCAUCGAGUUCGGAUGGGGGUACUAUAUCGAACGCUCCAGGAAGGCAAAUCCGGACCAUGCUAUGCAAAGCGGUAUGCUGUCGCUCUUCCAGCGUCUGCCGAUGCUGCGGCUGGUGCAAAUGAUUUCGUUUGGUUAUCUUGGACAUAUCUACGCCUUCCACCCACACGUUUCACCUGUGUUUCACCAGAAGGCGAUGGACGUGUGUUCCGGUAAUCUUACCCUUCAAAUGCAGAAGCGUAUUUCUGCGUGGCUUGCAAAUGUACCGAACCCGUGUCCGGUUGGUUUGAACGAAAUCUACACCAUAGAGAAUUAAAUGACACAGUAACAUAAUCGAUGGAAUUUAACAUUGAUGGGGAAAAGGAGAUAACACAGAAUGCAGAACGCAUUUUGAAGGCCAGUUGGACCAUAAGAAUCAGCGCUCGGGUAUUGUACGGUUAGUUUAACGAAAUGAGAGCGCUUAUGUGCGCGGAAACUGAAAAUAUAAAACAUAUCAUUCAAGCAAA